UACAUACUAUAAAAUAGGAUUUACCCUAAAAUAUUAUCCCUCAUAAAGCACUUUAUCAUUUUUUGCUGAUAUUUUAUGUAGAAGUCAACUUCCACAAGCCCCAUUACAGUAUUAAAUUAGUCUUAGUUCAAGUGUCAAUGUGCCUCAUUCAACUGUUGAUCGAUCAGUUUUAAGGUUAUUACUGCUAUACAACUGUUAUAAUUUUAUUAUUCGUCCGUAUUAUUAUAUCGUAUUAGACGAAUUUUCAUCAACUAAACAAAAAACUGGUUAAGACUUAAAACAAACAAAAAAAAACAUCAACAACGAUGUUUUCAUGCCGACGAGCAACUUCGUCGUCGCAAUGCACUGUGAUACAUAAGUCCAUAGUUUGUUUCCUUCUUCUACUUGGAUGUAAUUUAAUUCAUCGAACUGAUGCUUUGGAGAAUGGUGUAGCUAGAACACCACCCAUGGGAUGGCUGUCGUGGGAGCGAUUUCGUUGCAAUACAGAUUGUGAAGGUGAUCCAGACAAUUGCAUAAGUGAAAACCUUUUCCGCACAAUGACUGAUUUGGUGAUAUCAGAAGGAUAUGCAGCGGUAGGAUACGAGUACAUAAAUGUCGACGAUUGUUGGUUGGAAAAAUCUCGUGGACCACAAGGUCAGCUGGUACCGGAUCGUCGACGAUUCCCCAGUGGAAUGAAAGCGCUGUCAGACUAUAUUCACUCAAGAGGUUUAAAAUUCGGAAUUUAUGAAGACUUUGGCAACUACACCUGUGCCGGUUACCCAGGUAUUAUUGGCUAUCAACGACUCGAUGCUGACUUAUUUGCCGAUUGGAAUGUCGAUUAUGUCAAACUUGACGGAUGUUAUUCACUCCCAUUGGACAUGGAUGUUGGUUAUCCAGAUUUUGGGCGCCAUUUAAAUAGAACUGGACGUCCAAUGAUUUAUUCAUGCAGUUGGCCAGUAUAUCAAAUUUAUGCUGGAAUUAGUCCAAAUUUCUCCUCAAUCAUUGAACAUUGUAAUUUAUGGAGAAAUUUCGAUGAUAUCCAAGAUUCAUGGGCUUCGGUAGAGAGUAUUAUCGAUUAUUAUGGCAACAAUCAGGAUGUAAUUGCCCCUAAUGCAGGUCCUGGACAUUGGAACGAUCCAGAUAUGUUGAUUAUUGGAAACUUUGGUUUAAGUUAUGAACAAUCUAAGACACAAUUUGCACUUUGGGCAAUAUUGGCAGCGCCACUUCUUAUGUCGGUCGAUUUAAGAACUAUUCGUCCAGAGUUCAAAGCUAUUCUACAAAACAGAAAGAUCAUUGCUAUCGAUCAAGAUCCUCUCGGUAUUCAAGGUCGAAGAAUCUACAAACACAAGGGAAUUGAAAUUUGGUCAAGACCGAUAGCCCCGAUUUAUCAAACUUAUUACUCAUAUGCUGUUGCUUUUGUUAAUCGUCGUACAGAUGGCACACCAUCCGAUGUUGCAGUGACACUUCGUGAACUUGGUUUAACAUCACCCACCGGAUAUAGAGUUGAGGAUCUUUAUGAAGAUGUCGACUAUGGAGUAUUAAGUCCACAAACGAAAAUCAAAGUGAAAGUAAAUCCUUCCGGUGUAGUAAUUCUGCGAGCUGAUGUCCAACCAGAACGUUUUACGAGAACGCCUUAUAAUCCGCUCUCGUAUUUCCAUGUAAAGUAAUAAGAGCCAUCUAUUUGUGACUGCUGAAUUAUAUCUACGAAGCAGAUUAGUUUUGCCUUUCAAAACAAAAACAAAAAGGAGCAAAGCCAUUCUCUCUUUCUCUCUCUCUUUUAAAUUUCCACAUACUUUUUCUGUCUUUCUUUUUAUAUUAUUUCAGUCUACAUGUACAUCUUUUUUGGUUAAAUUAACUAUUAUAUUAAGUAAAAAACAAAAGAACAACAACAAAAUAAACAAAAAAUGCGCCCAUUGAUUUAUGUAUUUUAAAA